CUAGAGAGCAAAUUGAAAAGCACCAAAUCUGCGGAAACAAAGAGAGUUGUCAGAACAUAAGAGCGAAAUUUAAAGCACGUCUAUCCCAAACGAGAAGUUUUUCGGUGCCGGGUGGGUAUAUCCCACUUGGUACUUGCUCAGCGCAUCCGGGCCGUUCAACACACUUUUGAACGGCUCGAAUUGAAACUCUAUCUCUCCUCCCACCCCAACACUUUCUUUCUCCUGUUUCUCUCUCCAAAUCCUUCUUAAUAUACAGAGCAAGAAGACAAAGUUUUAAUUGGAAAAGGAGUCGGGAAUUCUAGUCCUGUAACAUUAGGCGGUGGCCUCCGAGCACGGGAUUUCUCCAAUCGGCGAAAAAAACAAGAACUAAAGGGUGAAAACGGUAAUAUGUACAAAACACAAACCUAUAAAAAGAGUCGAUGUGCUCUGCUCCGGCACCCUCUGCUUUCAGCGCUGAACAAGAAAACCAAGCUUAGACAUCGAUGGGGAGACAGAGAGAGAGCCAUGAUAGAGAUCAACUUAGAGAGACAAGAGGGAGAGAGAUUUCGCACGAACAAGAACUCGAAAUCAAGCCCUGCUCUCUCUCCUUCGCAGAAACCCUAGACCCGCAUAAACUGCAGGAGCCAAGCUCGCUUCAAGUGGAUCACAUUGACCUCAGCAAUUGGGUUUUGUUGACUAGGGAUGAUUCUGCGGAAUACGUCCCAAGCGAUAUUAAAGCGAAAGAGGAUGGGGGAAAAGAGGAGAUGGGUGUUGAUAGCCCAGAUGAGUUAAUUCUCUCUGCUAAUAGGGAAGCAAUGACUCCUGAAAGUGAAGAGAGUUCGGAGGAAAAAGAUGAUUUGCGGGAUGCAGGGGUAUACGAGUCAACCAAUGUGACACAGGAAGAUAGGGAUGUCUUGCUGAAAGAACUUGUUAGUCUUCGGCAUCACCUCAAGGCUCUUACCGGUCAACAAUCAUCACUUGAGGGGAAUAUCAGUGGUCUGGUUGAUGGACCUCAUCAAGCAGAAACGGUAGAGGUUGAGAAAAAGAUAUCAUUGUCUGAUAAUCCGUUCGUUGAUAUCAUGCAUGAUUGCUCCAAUUUUGUUCGGAAUGCUUUGGAUGUGCGGUUGCAGGAGGAAACAAUUAGAGAGUUCCAAGCCAUGCUUUCUAUGAAGGGUCAAGAAAUUGAAUAUCUUCACGCAAAGCAGGUUUAUGAAGGACAACAUCAUUUUCAGGCUGUUGCAGACAGGGUGUUAGCUUCUCUGGCCAUGAUGGUUACUGAAGAAAAAUCGAUUGAUGAUUCCAUUAUGUCUCGUGUUGAGAAGACCACUUCUCUUCUAAUUGAGAAAUACAAUCACUUCCUUUCUGAAAUUUAUCUCCUUCAGCAGUGCUUGACUGAGGUCGGGUCAGAUUCUAGUGUACAAAAUGACUUUGGGACAACUUUUCUUGCUACACAUGAUGUCUUGCUCGAGCUUAAAAGAAAGGAAGUAGACUUGGCUCAGAAACUAAGUAAUUUGGAAGACAAAAAUAAGAAGCUAGUGGAACAGCUUGACAAAGGGGAAAAAAUGGUGGAGCUGGCAAAUGGAGAUGUUGGAAAACUCAAAGUGGAACUUGAACAUGAGAAAACCAAGUAUGCUAAUACCAAAGAAAAGCUUGGUUUAGCUGUGACAAAAGGCAAGGCCUUGGAGGAUCGGAUGAAUGAAAGAGAAGCAGAAAUCUCAUCCUUACGCAACGCUUUGUUGACUAAGGAAAAAGAGGCUGAAGAAGCUUUCAUGUUGGCAUCCCAGUUGGAAUCCCUCAGUGAUAAGAUAGAUGAUGACACUGAAGUCCCUUUUGCCAACUCUGGACAAGCUCAGAUGAUGGGUGGAGCGAGCAGACCAAAAUUAACAACAAAUGAUAUAGUGGCAUAUCUCAAGGCAGUUGAGGACAUAUUUCAAGACAAUAAGCAGAAAUACAAUGAUUUCCUUCAUGUUAUGAAAGAUUUCAAUACUAAUAGAAUUGACAGGACAGGUGUCAUAGAAAGAGUGAAAGAAUUAUUUAGAGGGCAUCGAGACCUACUUUUAGGUUUCAAUAUCUUUUUGCCAAAGGGCUACGAGAUCACCCUUUCAAUGGAGGAUGAUCCACUUCCUGCCAAGAAACCUGUUGAGUUUAAAGAAUUAAUUAAUUUUGUCUACAAAAUUAAGACAAGGUUUCAAGGCGAUGAUCAUGUGUAUAAAUCUUUUCUUGAUAUUUUGAAUUUGCAUCAGAAGGAAAACAAAUCCAUUACCGAGCUCAACAAGGUGGUUACACAGCUUUUACGUGACCACCCUGACCUGCUUGUGGAGUUCACGCAUUUUCUACCUGAUUCUUCAGCAUCAGCCUCUAUUCCUCACACUCCGUCUGGUAGGAAUUCUGUUUUGCGAUGUGAUGACAGGAGCUCACCCUUGCCUGCAAUGAAGCAUAUAGGAAAGAAUUCCAUAGUUCCGCAUGUUGACCAUGACCUGAGUGUUGAGCGGCCCAAUAUAGGCCAUGAUAAAGCACUGCUGGGAGCUGACAAAGAGCAGGGAAGGCGCGGUGAAAAAGAGAGAAGAGAGCGGAAAUCUGCUCAUAGGAUUGAAGACUCUGUCGCUGACCAAUUCCACCAGGGUGGGGAAGGCGUGGAAAACUUUGGCAUGCAACCUGGUCCAUGCUCACAUGAUGAUAAGUCUGCCAUGAAAGAGUGUGAAGCAGGAGAUACUGAUUUCCAUGAUUCGGACCGUGCAAACAAGGCUCCAUUGCAGCAUCAGAUGAACCCCUUAUCUCAUGAGAAGGAAGAACUGCAGUCAACCCUAGUGAAAAAAGUUCUGGAAAUUAAACAUCUGAAGGAGGAAGUUGAACAACAGAUUUUAGACAAGCAAGACUACAAGAAUAUGAAGAAUGAAGUACUUGAGCUGGAGUUGGCUUUGGAAAGUAUUAUUCAGAAGUUGGGACGUAAUGAUUUAGUUGAAGACCCAAAAACUGUUGGUGUUAGAGGAAGCAUACCUGUUUUAAGAAGAAAGGUUAUGGCUGUGAUUUUGGAAUCUGAAAAUUCAAAAUCCAAAGCCCAAGAACUCAGUGCCAAGUUGCUUGCAAGCCAAAAGGUCAUGGAUGAAUUGUCGACUAAGGUUAAAUUUCUUGAAGAUUCUAAACAAGUUAGGUCUGUUUCACCUGAUGUUGCCCGGGAGUCAAGGGUCUUUGAUGCACCAACGGCCCUUAUAUGCUUUGGCCUUCUCUUGAUUUUAUAUCUUAUCGUGUAGCAGUUGAUUAUUAUUUGACUGAUGAGCGUUUGUUACCGCCUCCUUAUUUUUCUCUUAUAGUUUUAGCUUGUUUGAGAUGUACAUAAGUUUCAUCAUUUUGAACUUCCAUGGCUUCUAAGAUGUUUGGUUGAGUUAAGAUAUAUAGAAGACCCUCCCGGUGUAUAUUUUGAGUUUCUCUCAAA